AGUUCUCUGCCAGUGAAGAAAGUGGAGCAUAGUUUUUGCAAUGCUGGCCUGACGUGGGAGAGAGGAAGAGAAGGGAAGGAAAGGAGGAGGGGAACUUUCUCAGCAUUCAGCCCAGCUGUUGCUGCUGUGAGGAAGAGAAACGCCUGCAAAGAGCUGGGCUCCCUUCAGCAGUUAGAGCAGGAACGCCUGAGCCAAGCUGCAAAAUGAACACCUACAUCUUCAGCUAUUAUUUAAUCCAGUUCUGUGGCCAUUCUUGGAUAUUUACCAACAUGAUCAUCAGGUUCCUGUCUUUUGGGGAAGAUUCCAUAGCAGAUACUUUCUAUUCUAUUGGACUUGUUAUGCGUAUUUGUCAGCUAGCAUCUAUCCUGGAGCUCUUACAUAUCAGUCUUGACCUUGAGGAAGACUAUUUCCUUCCACGGCUUUUGCAGAUCACAGAAAGAAUCGUCAUCUUGUUUGUUGUGAUCGCUAGUCAAGAAGAAGUGCAAGGGAAACACGUUGUAUGCAUCUUAUUUUUCCUUUGGAACAUCAUGGAUGUGGUCAGAUACACUUUCUGCAUGUUAGCAGCAACAGGAAUCUUCUUUCAAGAAUUGUCAUGGCUCCAUCACUCUCUGUGGAUUCCUUUAUAUCCUCUGUCAGUUUUGGCUCAAGCAUUUGCCAUAUAUGAAUCAUUGCCCCACUUUGAAACCUCCGGCACAUACUCUGUCCAGUUGCCAUUUCCAGUUGAUAUAUCUGUCUACUUUCCCUAUGUGCUAAAAGCCUACAUGGCAAUAUUAUUUGGAGGUGCCUGCUUCAUCAUCCGCUACCUCUGCAAGGAACGGAAGGCUCACUUAGAAAGCUACAAUGUCAAAACCAAAAGCAGCUAACCUACAUUAUCUUUGGACAAGGAGAAUGACUUCUGCUGGAAAACACAAUUUGUUUGAUACGAAUUCCCAAGGACAUUUGGAGAUUUCCAGUUGAAUGAAGCAUACUACAUGUUUUCAUAGUAGCUAGAGCCUUUCACAAAAGCAAUGUGAAUGUACAUGCAACAGAAUUAGGAUCCUUGGGCAGAAUAGCAUUUUGAAAGCGCUGUUUUGAUCUGGCUUUGCUGUAUGCUGAGCAGUAGGAAUAUGAUCGUUCUGGGUGACUCUUUCCUAGACCAGCAACACAUCUGGUGGCUGCUCUAUUGCACCUAACUGGAAUCUGCUUUCCAUAUUCAAUCAUGGCAGUUCAUGGUUUUCAUAUUAGUUGGAUUGUGAAUCUACUCUGCAUUCUACUCCUGACUCCAAAGCUAUCCAAGGUGUUGAACCCUAGUCCCAAGCUAGUUUCAGCACCCUGGAUAGCUCCCUUAAAGUUAGUAUUAAAGCCCAAAGCAAAUUCACAACUCUUGCAUGUCAGUGCCACUGCAUUGCAAGAUAAUUGAUAUGUUCAGGCUUAAAUCCAACUACAGCAGACAGAUUAAAUCGACUGAAUUUACCUAUGUGAUAAUUGACCAAGUUCUUAUUGAUUCAGAGGGUGUAUUUUGUUGAGACAAACAACUGGAUUUAAGCCUAAGAAUUCAUUACCCACAGCCAAGAGCUUUUUUAUUUUUAAGUGCUUGUCAUGACUACCAUGAAGCAAACUACUUAAGUCUGCUUUAUGGCUUCAGAGUACGCAUGUUAAUCAAUAUUACUUAAAAGCAAAACAACCCCGAAGAAGACUACAAAAUGAACAAAUAUUAGAAAUGAUAAUCAGAAAGAAAAACGAUCAGUUCAUUAACCAUAGCCAAACUGAAAAUGAGUAGGUCAUAAUACCACCACCACCCCUCUAAUUCCAAUGUCUUAAUUUCAGGGUAAGAAAUCUUUGUCAACCAAAUUGACAGGAAAGUUAAUAAAUAUGGAUGUUUUAAGACAAUGAGAUGACAGUACAAUGAAGAAUAGUAAGUUUCUUGGUUUCAAUGCGGCCUUUGGUAAACCCACUUUGAUAAACCCAUUAUUCUACUGAGUUUCUUAGUUCAACAGCCACUGUUAAUCAAUGGCACUGGUGUCAUUUUCAAAGGGGUGCAUUACUGGGGUCGUUUUCUUUAUAUAAAAAGGUACAUCAAGGACAUUGUGGGAAACUGAAACUGUGCCAUCUAGCUUUCAUUUGUGAUUAGAGUACCAGCUGCUGAGGGUGAGGCCUCCAGAUGAAUCUGCAGUGACCUAAAAUGCUAUAUUCUGCUGCUGUGCUGAUUUUUCAAUGAGAAGAAAUGCUCCAAAGGUUUCUCAAACACACCAGCUUUUUAUAGACAUAUACAACUUUCUUCUCCCAUGGACAUUCUAUCGUGUGAACCUAGAUUAGUGUUAUAGCCUAAAUAUUGGGAUGGGUACCAUAUACGAAACACCCCAGAGCUACCCUGUCAACAAAGGGAAAGUAUGUCAAUGCAAAAACCUAAGACUGGAAUGUGUCAUUGCCAAGAACUGGAAUUAACAUGUGUAUGCUUCCCCUUGGAAAAUCUUUCUUCCAUACAGAAGAGUUUUUAUUAACCUUUAUGUACAUCAAUGAUUUCUUAGUCACUGGAGAUAUGUUUGUUAAAAAAAAAAGAAACUCUGAAAUAAAAAUGAUAAAGGAGUAGAGAUGAA